AUGUUCACCGUUCUACCCGGAGAAAGUGUCCCUGCACAACAUGUCAACCUAAAGCUUGGUCCAGGACUUCUACAGGAAUCAACGUCCGAUGGCCAGACGUCAGUUCUCUCCACGCGCGCCGGGGACGUGCAGCAUUCCGCGAAUCGUGCGAAGUGGUGGAUAGAGAGCAACUCGCGGAGGUAUGUGCCGGCUCCCCAAGAGUCGGUCAUUGGCGUCGUCGCCGGACGCGCUGGUGAAAACUGGAGGGUAGACAUUGGUUCUGCUCAUUCGGCCUCUUUGGACGGCUUCGCAUUUGAAGGAGCAUCAAAACGAAACAAGCCAAACCUCAAGGUCGGGUCUUUGUUGUAUGCCCGUGUUUCCCUUGCCCACAAAGACAUGGAGCCGGAGCUCGAAUGCUUCGACGCGCAGACCCGCAAGGCCGAAGGUUUUGGAGAGCUGAAGGGGGGGUUCCUCGUGCAAUGCAGUCUUCAGAUGUGCCGAAUGCUGCUCGACCCGAAGCAUUUCCUCCUGCCGAUGCUCGGUUCUCGAUUCCCGCUCGAAUGCGCUACUGGCAUGAACGGUAGAGUAUGGGUCUCCGCGAAGGACCCGCGGCAGGUCAUCGCGAUGGCUCGUUGCAUCCAAGCAGCAGAUCCGGACGGAGGAGGGAUGGACGAGCAAAGUGUGAAGAAGUUUCUUGACACGCUCGAUGUAUAG